GGCGACCCCGAAGCAGUUCACGUGUGCCAAGCCCUGCUCUCUCGCUCGCUCUCCCCCUGUGCACGUCGCUGCCCCAUUCGUGGGGCUGGACUUCUGGGGGGGGGGGGUCUCUCUUUUCCUCUCUCUUUUCUCCCCGGUCCCCUUACCGGGAAAGCGCGUUUGAUCCGAAUUGGCGCGCGCGCGCGUUCACACGCGCUGCCAGGAAUUCCCGGGAAGGCGCUGCGAUUCCUGGGGCGGCUGGAAACGAUCCUGCCGCCCCCCAUCCCAUCCCCUCCCCACCCUCACAGCAACUUCCACCUUUUCUGGGGGGGGCUCUGCUCCGGGAAAACCCGAAGACAAUCCGAAUUGAGGGAGGGACAGCCUUCCGCGCCGACUUGGCGUCCCGCUGCGCCGGGGUCCCUCCGGAUCCGCGGCUUUGGAGGUUAUGGGGAAAGACGUGCGGUGGGGCCACUGAAGAGGAACUCCGCUUUCGAUCCGGUUUGUAUCCCAGCUGUCUCCUCUGCGCGGGGAGAAUCCAGGCAUCUGGGCUUGCGUUGCCCCCUCAAGGUGGAUGCCUCUGCGAUAACUGAGAUUCCUUUCAGCCAGCCGGAGGUGCGAUGGUCCCCCUCUGCUGGUGCUGGCCGACAGCACCUGCCCAACCCACGGCAGCCAUGAACAGCACAGUCACACCUUCCUACCACUUCAAGAGUUUCUGUGGGGAGUUUGAGCGGGUGGAGAGUGCCUUGGAACGCCUGGAGGCCAGCGGUUUCUACUGGGGCAGCCUGUCGGGGACUGAAGCGAAGCGGCUCUUGACCUCCCAGCCGCCCGGAGUCUUCCUGGUGCGAGACUCCUCUGACCACCACCACCUGUUCACCCUCAGCGUCCGCACGAGCACGGGCAUCACCAACCUGCGCAUCCAGCAGCAGAGUUCGGCUUUCCACCUGGAGGCCCUGCCCGGCGCUGGCCACCCCCCAACUUUUAGGUGUGUGGUCCAACUAGUGGAGCAUUAUCUGUGCCUUGGGACGGUGGAAGGGGGGCCUUGUUACCUGGAGAAGGAAGGGCAGCCUCCGGUGCCCUUGGCCCUCACGCAUCCGCUCCGCUGCAAGGUGCCCACGCUGCAAGAGCUGUGCCGGCGGGCGGUGCGGGCCAGCGUGCAGGGCAGAGGGGAUGCCAGGGCACAGCUACAGGACCUCCCGAUGCCCCGGGGAUUACUGAACUCGCUGUGCAGCUAAGAGGGACAAGGAUGUCGUCGCCUUUAAAUGCCCGCAAUGCUUUUCCUUUCAAACAUUCCUUGUACAGUACGCGAACAGAACUGGCUGCGAGCCGAAGGGGGUUGUGCCAAAGGUGCCUGUACAUUAUUACCUUCGUGGAAUAAACCGUGUCCAGCCCUUUAUUCAUCCAAAACAAAAAAAAACCACCCUC